AUGUCGGCUAGAGAAGCCCAUAUUAGGCCAUCAGGAGCGAACUCUAUUACAAGCAAAGAUCAUGGGUUUAACGACAAGGGUCCCUUGCUUUUACCGCGUAUCGACUGCUCGGGCUUCACCUCAACAAUACCUGUCGCCACUGCGCCACCUUACGGAUACUGUAUGCAAGACACUGUUACAAUCGACAGUGUCCUUCGACAUUUGUGUUCCCCAAAACAGCCAUCAUUUCCCCUACAAAAAUUGAACCAUGCCACCGGCCUGAACGGAAGUGUGUCACACACCCAAGAAUAUCCUGCGGGUAUUGACCAUAAGAGUGUUGACCACAGGAGUGCUGACCACAAGAAUGUUGACUGCAACGAAAAAUUUGGCAUGGGUCUACACUCGUCUACCAAUGGACUCAAUGGCCUGGAGCCAACUCAAUGCCACGCCGCCGGCAACCAUGCGGCGAAUCAAUCUAUAAAAGAGAGAAACACUGGUACCCCAUUCGCAGGAGACCAGGCUAGCAUUCCAGAACCCCUCGCAAUCAUCGGGAUUGCCUUCCAGUUUCCAGGUGGUGUAACCACGGAAGGUGGUUUUUGGGAGAUGUUGGUGGAGAAGACCUGCAUGUCGAGUGAAUAUCCUUUGGAAAGGAUGAAUGUCAAGUGUUUUUUCGAUCCUUCUGGGAAAAAACAAAACACAGUUCAUACGAAACGAGCUCAUUUUCUCAAAGAUGACAUCUACCAUUUCGAUGCUCCAUUCUUUUCCAUCUCAUCCAGCGAUGCAACGGCUAUGGAUCCGUGUCAACGAACUCUAAUGGAAACAACAUACCGUGCCCUUGAGAGCGCAGGCUUGACGCUUCAGUCUGUAUCUGGGACAAACACUUCUGUUCACGUUGGUUGCUUCUCUAGUGACUACAUGCUCUCUGCUUUCAGAGACCCGCAAGACAUCCAGAAGUACUCCGCUACGGGUGUAUCGAGUGCUUUGCUAUCCAACAGGCUCAGUUGGUUCUUCAAUCUUCAGGGACCAAGCUUGACGGUUGAUACGGCCUGCUCUAGCGGCAUGGUCGCGCUCGAUCUCGCCUGCCAGGGCCUUUGGAGUGGUCAAAGCGAUAUUGCUAUAAUCGCGGCUUCAAACUUGAUAUUAUCACCUGAGAUUAACAUCUCGUUGAGUAACAUGAAUUUUUUAUCCCCGGAUGGUCGCUGCUUCAGCUUCGAUCAUCGAGCAAAUGGGUAUGCCAGAGGUGAAGGGGUUGCGACAUUAGUGGUGACACCUCUUUCCAAAGCACUAGCCAUCGGAGUUCCCAUUCGAGCACUCAUUCGUUCAGUGUGUACAAAUCAGGACGGACGGACAACUGGUGGCAUAACUCAGCCGAGCCAGAACAUGCAAGCGGCCCUGAUUCGCGAGACUUACCGAAGGGCAAACUUAGACAUGGCCCAUACGCGAUUCUUCGAGGCCCACGGAACCGGGACUGCGAUUGGCGACCCGACAGAGGCAAACGCGAUAGGAGAGUGCUUUCGUUCGCAUCGAUCAGGGUGUGAGCCCCUUCAUGUUGGGGCUCUCAAGUCAAAUAUUGGACACCUGGAAGGCACCAGUGGGCUAGCUGGGAUUAUCAAAGCUGUCCUUGCCAUUGAGCGAGCUACCAUACCUCCGAAUACGAAUUUUGAACGCCUAAAUCCCGAGAUUGAUGGCGAGUUCCUCAGGGUUCACUUUCCUCAAGAAUCCAUACCCUGGCCAAAUUCUGGCGCUAUUAGAAGGGCAUCUAUCAAUUCCUUUGGAUUUGGGGGGGCAAACGCGCAUGUUGUUCUCGAUGAUGUGCAAUCCUACCUCCAGAGGACCAGGCUUGACGGAACUAGAACUCUCGGCAACGUCGCUAUCGAUUCGACUGUUGCGUUGAAGGAUACGUUGGGAAAUGGAGCCCACAAUUUCACGCCUCAUCUCCUUAUUUUCUCGGCCGCCGAUAAAACAGGUAUAUCCCGCCAAACUGAAGCCCACAAGAGAUUUCUUGAGGAUUUCGGAUUAGAUUAUACCUCAGAUUUUUUUGCCAACUACUCCUUCACUCUUGCCACAGGCCGCACUGGACAUGCCUGGAGGGCUUUCCAUGUUCUGAGGUCGCCAAAUCAGUUCGCCGAAGUCACUGACCUCACCCCAAUCAAAUCACCCCGACAGGCUUCCAAGAUGAAUCUUGGCGCAAUUUUCACGGGUCAAGGGGCUCAGUGGCUAGGAAUGGGUAAAGAACUGCUCAAGAGCAAUGCCUUUCUCCAAAGUGUCCAGAAAUCUGAGGAAUGUCUCGCAGCUUUGGGGUAUAUGCGGUCCCUCGUCGAGUUCCUUGAUGCUGAGACGGACGCCUCUAUUCUCACUCAGGCUCGAUUCAGCCAGGUUCUAACAACUGUCAUUCAGAUAGCCUUAGUCGACCUAAUAGAAUGGCUCGAAAUCGCCCCAAGAGUUGUGGUUGGCCAUUCUUCCGGGGAAAUAGCGGCUGCCUAUGCAGCUGGGCAUAUUUGUCGCUAUGACGCCGUCAAAGUGGCUUAUUACAGAGGUCUCCUUGGGUCCAGGCUGGAAGAGAACGGGGGACCCAGAUAUGCAAUGGCCGCUGUCGGGUUGUCGAAGGAGCGAGUUCUGGAAGAGCUGGAAAUGAUACAUCAAGAAUAUGGUCAAAGUGAACGAAGAAGCCAGCUUGUAGUAAGUUGCAUCAACAGUCCUUCUAAUGUUACCCUUUCGGGUCCAGAGGCAGAGGUCGAGUCACUCGUCGCACGAUUAACCUCACGGGCUAUCUUUGCGCGGAGACUCAAGGUCAACCUCGGCUACCAUUCACCACAGAUGGCUUGUAUUAGUGAUGAAUACCAGGCGCUUAUCGGCAAGAUGAAGACUCGACCGAAAGGUGGUAUGACUCGGCCUCUGAUGAUUUCUUCAAUUACUGGUGAACCCAUCGACCGCGAUACUGUAUGCACAAGCAAGUACUGGACGCAGAAUAUGGUAUCUCCAGUCGACUUUCUGAGCGCCAUACGAUCGUGCGGUUCUUCGAAUAUCUCCGAUACGAAGUCUCUCGGAGUUGGAAAAGUCACUGUGCCACAAAUCCAUGCAUGGCUAGAGAUUGGACCUCAUGCGGCUCUGAGAGGGCCGGUUCGAGAGAUCUUGACUCUUUUAUCGGCGGAAACGGACAUUGUGUAUACUUCGGUUCUUUUGCGCUACCAAUCUGCACUCUCGACUAUGAUGUCCGCUGCAGGAUAUCUGCAUUGUCAUCACAUUCCCAUGAAUCUUGGGCGGGUUACUGGUCUAGGCCUUCGUCCGGAGGUCAUGAAUUCCCGAACCAUCUUACCCAAUUUACCCCCAUAUCAGUUCAACCACAGUAUCAAGUAUCUAGAAGACUCGCUUGUGGACUCAAAUUUCAGAAACCGACAGCAUGGUCCACAUGAUCUACUCGGACUCCGCGUAGGAGACUCAAACCCAUACGAGGCAGAGUGGAGGCUCAUCAUUAGGGCAAAUGAAAUGCCAUGGAUAAGGGACCACAAAGUCAAUGGCUCCAUCUUGUAUCCUGCAUCUGGGAUGCUGAGCAUGGCAAUUGAAGCAACCAAGCAGCUUCAUUCGGCGGCCCCCCCUACAGCAUUUCUCUUGGAGGAUGUUGAGAUUCCUUCGCCAAUAUUUGUUGCCAGCCCGGAGGGAAAGGUGGAAGUUCGUAUUCACAUGUCUACCCAGGACAAGCAAUCGGGAGUCCAUGACUUUCGCAUAUUCGUCUUGAAACCGAGCAACGACUAUGAGGUCGUAUGUUAUGGCAGAGUACAAGCUGAGUACGAGCAACCACCAUCUGAUGUUGACAGCGGCCGAGAACGGUCUCAGAAGGCUGCUAGUGUGGCCCAGCAGCAUGAAAGCACCAUGAAAGCAUGCUCACACCCAGUGGUACACGAAUGGUAUCAGACUAUUCAGGAGACUACGGGACUGGAAUAUGGGCCAGCAUUCCAAAGGCUAAUCACUGUUCGGUCUGACAACUCCAGAAACGCGACUGCAAUCUUGACGCCAUACGAUGUCGAGGCAAGCACACAGUACGUAGUUCACCCUGCUGUUCUUGACGCCACCUUCCAAAUCUGUUUCGCUACAUUUGGCGCUGGGCUGAAAUCCGUCACGAUGGUACCAACCCGUAUUGCCAGGCUUUGGCUUCUCUUGCAUGAGCUGAGGAGGGGGCAUAUGGCAAACGACUCGACAAGGGAGCGAGAUCCAAACAAGAGCUCUGAGCUGACUAUAUACUUGCAGUACAUGGGUAUGAUAUCGCUCUCAGGGUUGGCUCAUUCUAACCAGUCAGAUGCGAGAGAGAGGGUAACUGCGUCUGCAGAGAACGUGUUCCAACAUCACGCCUCCUUUAACAUCAAGGUAAUUAGCGAGCAAAGCGGUCUGACUUUGCGGCUCGAAGUCGACGGGCUCGAACUUACAGCUAUAUCCAGUAGACAAGAGAAUCCUAGAACUCUAUGCGAAGCAAGAAACCUAUGCAGUCACAUCGAAUGGGAUGUCGACCUGGAUAUGCUUGAAAAUAGUGAAGUUCAAACUUACUGCGAAGAUGUCAGAGCGACAACUACACCAUUUCCUGCUACCUUUUCCGAAAGCCUGACUAAGAUUUCGAUACAAUUUGGGAGAGAAGCUCUCCGUCUGGUCGGCAACGACGACAUCUGCCUUUCCAUGCGCAAGUAUGCGGAUUGGCUUCGUCGCCGCAUUAUCGAGUUGAGUCCUCAAUUUGAGGAGCUUACACCAGACCAGCUGCAUCUGGAGAUCGAAAAUGUACUUCCAAGCGUCCGAGCGGACCUACACAUCACGAUAGGAAAGCAAAUGCACUUGCUGCUCCAAGGAAUUGUCGACCCACUCGAACUAUUAUUCAGAGACCAAGGGAGGAUGGAUGCAUUCUACGCCGAAGCAAUGCAGGACUCAUCGUACUUGAAGCCCUUUUCGCGGUUCUUGGAAAGUAUCACCCAUAAGACUCCGAAUUUGAGGUUUCUCGAAAUUGGUGCUGGCACUGGCGGGACAACGAGAGAAGUCUUGAAAGCAAUUGGUGAUAACGAUAGAGGAAUUGCAUUCGAGGACUAUACAUUUACCGACAUUAGCCCUUCUUUUCUCCAGAAGGCUAGAGAGACCUUUUCGGGGCAACUUAAAAUGUCAUACAAGGUCUUGAACAUUGAGAAGGAUCCCAAACCACAGGGCUUCGAAUCCUCGGCGUAUGAUGUCGUUCUAGCAGACAAUAUACUUCAUGCCACAAUGAACCUGACAGAUACACUUGCAAAUGUGAGCAAGCUCUUGAAGCCUGGGGGAAAGCUCAUCUUGCGAGAGUUGACGGCCCCAGAGAGGCUACUAACGGGGUACGUCUUCGGACUUCUACCAGGAUGGUGGCGCUCAUCCGAACGAGAGAGACAAGAUAGUCCGUGCCUUAAUAUCAGCAUUUGGGAUCAGCAGCUCCGAAAUUCUGGCUUUUCUGGUGCGGAUAUUAUCCUACGGGAUCACCUCGAUGAACCCUAUAACCCACAGUGUACUUUCAUCAUCACAACGGCAACCGAAGCACACUAUGAUGCAGUUGAGUCGCAGAUUCAAGUCUCUCCCAUAUUUGUUGCCAACCAAUUAUCUAGUGCUCUCAAAGAGCAGGCGUCUCUGGUUGCCAGUCAUAUCUCUCUUCGGGAAAGCCCCCAGACUUCCAGUCUCAUUGACAUAUCUGAUCUCGUUGAACGCCAGCCCCAACGACACAACAUUAUCUUGUUCGAUGACCAUGAAAAUUCCAUUCUGGGUAAUCUGGGUGAGACCGAAUUUCAUUCACAGAAACAGCUGCUCGCUUACUCUCGGAGUCUUCUUUGGGUUAAACCGUAUGGCUUUCACAAUGCAUCUGGAACGCUCCAGCUUGCGAUGAGCGAUGGUUUGUGUCGUGUAAGCAGGUACGAAUACAUCAAACCUACCCUUGUAAGCCUGUCGCUUGAAGGGGCCCUAGACUCUUCCCGUUCGAAGCAUGUCGUCAAAUUAUUUGCUGUCAUCCAGGAACACAUGCAACGAAGAAGCUCUGAGGUGGAGCCGGAAUACGCAGAGAUAAAGGGCCGACUUUGCGUCAACCGAAUCAGAACGGCGAGAGCGCACCGCAAACCCGGUUGUCCAGCAGCGGGAGGCCUUCAGACACUCAGGAUUGGUAUUCGCGUCCCUGGAUUACUGGAUACCAUGACUUACUACGAAGAAGGCCCUGUCAGCGACCCUUUACCCGCUAAUGAGAUUGGUGUUGAGAUCAAAGCGAUAGGUGUCAAUUACAAAGAUCUGCUCGCCCUUCUAGGUCGUGCCAAGUCUGAUGACUUGGGCUGUGAAUAUUCUGGUAUCGUUCGUAGUGUCGGCAAAUCCGUCACUAAUAUCAAGAUUGGAGACCGCGUGGCUUUGGUUGCGCUGGACAACUUCAAGACUCACACUCGAGUUAAAGCUACCAGGGCCCAUCGCAUACCGGACAGAAUGAGCUUCACGGAAGCUGCAGCAAUCCCAACCGCUUACUGCACAACAUACUAUGCACUUGUUCACGUGGCACGUCUUCAACCCGGGGAGACUAUCCUCAUCCAUUCGGCAGCCGGUGGAACGGGGCAGGCUGCAGUGCAGCUGGCGCAAUGGAUAGGAGCAGAAGUAUUUGCUACUGUGGGUGACAACUACAAAAAGAAGCUUCUGAGAGAGGUCUACGGUAUUGCCGACGACCAUAUUUUCUAUUCUCGCGAUACUUCGUUUGCUAGCGGGAUUAAGCGUAUCUUACAAGAUGGAAUUGACGUGGUACUGAAUUCGCUCCCGGGAACCUUGCUGGAGGCAUCCUGGGAUUGCAUCGCGCCUUUCGGUCGAUUCGUAGAAAUUGGGUUGAAGGAUGCCUUCUUAGGGCACAAUCUACCCAUGGACGUCUUCCUGAAAAAUGUUUCAUUUUCUUCAGUGGAUAUGAGUUUGAUCGCAAAACGGAAAGGAGAACUCUGUAAGCAAAUGCUGGGGGAAGUGUUCAACCUAUUCGACCAGCAGAAGCUGAGUGUCGGCAAUCCUCUUCACAUAUACCCUCUUGGAGAGAUCGAGCAGGCAUUUCGCUUCCUUCAGAGUUGUUCCCGUAGGCUUAUCAACACCUCCAGGUUCUUCAAUGGUAUACUAAUGACCCGCCAGGUUACCCAAGGGCCCCAUUCUCCUUACCAACUAUCUGAGAAUGCAACGUAUAUCAUCUCGGGAGGCCUGGGAGCCAUAGGUCUCGCGAUUGCUCGUUGGCUCGUUCAGAGGGGAGCGAAACACAUGAUACUCCUCUCUCGAACCGGCGGCGACACGAACUCCUCCGCUAUGGGUUUCAUGGACCAGAUGCGCGAUAUCGGCGUCGAGGUCUAUUCACCAUCAUGCGAUAUUACAAAUCUGGGGACACUAAAGUCUACCUUAGCUCGUUUUGCGAAAAGGAUGCCACCAGUCAGAGGAUGCAUCCAAGCUGCAAUGGUUCUGCGAGACGCAACGCUUUCUAGCAUGAGUCUGGACGAGUGGACCCAGGCGAUCCGUCCAAAAGUGGAGGGUUCCUGGAAUCUCCAUCUUACGAUGCCUGCUGGCAUGGACUUUUUCGUGAUGUUGUCGUCCUGCGCUGGUGUAUUUGGAAACGGAGGCCAAGCCAACUACGCUGCUGGUAACACUUAUCAGGACGCUCUCGCAGCCUACCGGGCUAGGAUUGGGGAGAAAGCAGUAUCGCUCGAUAUAGGGUAUGUUCUCGAAAACGGUGUGGUUGCCAAUACCAAAGCGGGAACAGACCGCUUGACCAACUUGCAUACGCUACGUCGGACAACGAUUCCAGAAAUAUGUGCAUUGUUGGACAUCUACUGCCAACCAGGAACCAUCGGAUAUCGACUAGAAAGCCAGGUAGUCUUGGGUUUUGAGAUACCCGCGGACAUCAUGGCCAAGGGUGAAGAGGUCGAACAAUUCAUGAAAAAACCAAUGUUUCGCCACAUGUUUAAUCUACAAUCCAUGGACACUCCGCAUGCAGUUUCAUCCAACCGAGGGAAGACAUUGGGGUUGGCCCUCAGCGAGGCGACCACCCCGGAAGGGGCGACUCGCAUUGUCUCAAUGGCGCUAGCUGAGAAGAUUGACGUCCAUCAUUCGCUGGUCGCAUAUGGAAUCGAUUCUCUUAUUGGAUUGGAAUUAAAUAAUUGGCUGCUGAAAGAGACGGGAGUGGAUGUUCCCGUCUUGGACCUUUUAGGCGGCGCAUCCCUGGAAAAUAUCGCAGUAGGUAUUGCGCAGAAAAGGAAAUCGGAGUCAACGCCAACGAAAGCAUGA